AUGGAGGAGCAUAAGUCUGCGAUCGACAGGAAGGCUCGGGUCCAGGUCUUGGCCGAGCUCUACUGCGGGCUGGGCUUCCUGGUGGCCCAGAUGCUCGCGUUCAUGAGGCUCACCUUCUGGGAGCUGACCUGGGAUGUGAUGGAGCCCAUCUGCUUCUUUGUCACAUCCCUCCACUUCGCCCUCGCAUAUGGCUUCUUCCUGGGGACAUCGACUGAGCCCUCCUUCAAGGGCUACUUCAACCAAAGGUUCAGGACCAAGCAGAGAUCCUUCCUCGACAACAAAUACUUCUUCGUCUUUGCUGAUGCAAUCGCAAGCGAGAAUCUGGACAAGAACUAA